AUGGAUAGUCUAGUGCAAACUACAAUAAAAUUGAGAUAUGUACGUUUACAUUUGAAACCUUACCGUGGUACAAACUACGAACUUUUGUAUAGAAAUCUGGAAGAAAAAACGACCAUUUCCAAGACCCAAUACUCCAGGCCCUGCAACAGCGCCACCUCUCAGUUCUCUCGGAGCUUCAGUCUAAAAAUGGUGAUUUUGACCAGGUUAGCUCAGAUCGCUGAAUUACCCAUAACUUCCUAUUCGUUUCUGAAGCUUUCUGCGCCCCUUUGUACCCGCAUUCAUCUCCAUCAAUCCUCAGAAACCAGAAACGAAAUCGAAAGAAUCACCAAAAUCAUCAACGAUCAUCCAUUCCCCGAUCAACCCCUUCGCCCCACUCUUCUUCACCAAAUUCCGCCUCCUCUUCCUUCCAACACGUUUCUCGAGGGUGUUCUUGGCCGCCUGUUCGCCGCCCAUUCCAAUGGCCUCAAGGCCCUGGAGUUCUUCAACUUCUUCCUCCGCCAUUCUCAAGCCUCCCCAACUCCCGACGCUUUCGAGAAGACGCUUCAUAUUCUCGCUAGAAUGCGGUAUUUCGAUCAAGCCUGGGAACUGAUGCACGAAAUUCGACGAUCUCACCCUUCGCUGCUUUCCCUCAAGUCCAUGAGCAUCUUGCUUUCGAAGAUCGCGAAGUUCCAAGCCUACGAAGAUGCGAUUGAAGCGUUCCGGAGAAUGGAGAAUGAUGUGUUCGUUGGGAGAAAAUUUGGUACCGACGAAUUCAAUGUGCUUCUUCGAGCUUUCUGCACUCAGAGGCAGAUGAAGGAGGCGCGAUCGGUGUUCCAAAAGAUGUACUCUCGAUUCCCCCCCAACACCAAGACCAUGAAUCUCUUGCUUUUGGGGUUCAAGGAAUCGAGUGACAUUACUGCUGUUGAACUCUUCUACCAUGAGAUGAUCAGGAGAGGCUUCAAGCCAAAUGCAGUAACUUAUAGCAUCAGAAUCGAUGCGUACUGCAAAAGGGGCUGCUUCAGUGAUGGUCUGAGAGUUUUUGAAGAAAUGGAGAGAGCAAAAUUUGAGCCUACAGUGGAAACAAUCACUACUCUAAUCCAUGGAGCAGGGGUUGCAAAGGACAUUACCAAAGCACGCCAACUGUUUGAUGAAAUUACUCUGAGAAACUUGUGUCCUGACACUGGGGCUUAUAAUGCUUUGAUAAAUUCCCUUAUUAGAGCUGCGGAUGUGAAGUCUGCAAUGGCUUUAAUGGAAGACAUGGAAGUCAAGAACAUUGGGCAUGACGGUGUGACAUAUCACAUGAUGUUCUCAGGCAUGAUGCGGUCGGAGGACGUCGGUAGCUUUUAUGAGUUGUAUAACAAAAUGAUCGGGCGGAAUUUCGUGCCAAAAACACGAACCGUAGUCAUGCUGAUGAAGUUUUUCUGUGAAAAUCGUCGAGUUGAUUUGGGUUUGGAUUUGUGGGGUUAUCUGGUUGAGAGGGGAUAUUGUCCUCAUAGUCAUGCGUUGGAUCUGUUGGUAACGGGGCUGUGUGCCCGUGGAAUGGUCAUUGAAGCGUUUCAGUGCUCAAAACAAAUGUUGGAGAGAGGGAGGCAAAUGAGUGAAGCAGCAUUUCUGAUAAUGGAGAGAUUUCUUUUGCAGGAAGAUGCAAUAGAUAGAUUGGGGGAGCUUCAACAGUUGAGGAAGAAGCUCAAAACUGUUUUACCUCCCCCACCAAACCAGCUUUCAACUGGGAUUCCAGCAUCCUCCUAAACAAAUGACAAUUGUAGGGAAAUUCGCCUAGCCACUGAAGAUCACUUCUCUUGUACAUAUAUUUGGAUAAUUCUGUACACUGAACCUGAUGCUGCGAGUGGCCGUGUCAGUGGCAAUUGUCCCAAGGAAGCCUCGUCGGUUUAGAUGGCAUGGCCAGAUUAUAUACAAGAAAUCACGAAAGGUUUUGUAAGUUUCAAAACUCAGAUUUUACAUGGCCUUAUAAUAUUGGGAUGACUGAAAA